AUUUUGUAAUACUUCCUUGCUAGUGUAAAUGUUACAAUUUGAUAACAAUUUUACAGCUGUAUUUACUAGGACUUAACAUAGAGUUAGUUGAGAUGGAUUGCGGCCUCGUACAGUUUCUUUGUAUUAUGUUUACUUUUGGUACCAGUAAAAAACACAUAAAGAAAACCAAUUGUCCCACUGCAAAGGAAUAUGUAUUUUCUGAAAGGAUUCCCGGAAAAAUACGUUUAAACCGCCACCAUAACUUCAAAAAACGAAGGAAUUUAAAAGCAAAACAUUGGAUUAUAUUAGUUCUCUUCGGCAUAAAUGGAAGCUUAGUCUCAUUCGUGGGAUAUGUGACUUACCAAGAAAGGGAAUCACUGCAAAGGGAAAAUAUAACCGAAUUUCCAGUGCCUUGUGAAGACCUCUCACUGAGUGCGGAUGAAGAUUGUCUAACGUUUGAUGUGAAGAAAGGUAAUCUGAGAACAUUCAUAGAUGACGCAGGAAAAUACAUAUGUAGCAAAGACAACACUACUGAAACAAUUAAAACGAUCGUGGAAAGAGAAUCAAGAAUUCGGCAAGCAAAAGGAAUAGAGGAACAGUAUCUUUCCUGUGGAAAUGGAAGUUUAGCGGAGAAAUCUGGAUUUCUUACAGUUUCUUUCAGGAAAGUAUCAAAACAACAAACCUAUUCAGGUGAAAGUUCUGAUACAAAGCUUCACUGGGAUAAUCGUCCAGGAAAUUUUUAUAUCGACCCUUCAGUGUAUUAUGACAAUGGAGAGGUGACCAUCCCAGAAGGAAGAACAUAUUUCGUGUACGCAGCUGCACAUUUCAACAUCAGCCAUCAGGAAGAAAAUGGAAUCCAGAAUUUUGGAAGACCGCAAAAGUUUUCUAUCCGAAUUUGCAAAACUGUUUACGGAUAUGAGCAAACACUACUUGGAAGAACGGUAUGGUUCAACACAACCAACACUGGAAGCGUUGUGUCAAGUUUACACAUCGGAAGCCAUUUGGAAUUGUCACGAAAUGAUAAAAUUCACGUUCGUGUGAAUGAUGCAAAUAAGAUAAUACUUGAUUCAACAGGAAAUAACUUUGGACUUUUUCCAUUAUAGAUGUCUGCUUGUGAGUUUAUGGUUUGAAUUUUAAGAAAAAUGUUU